AUGGCAAUACGAUAUUUCGAGAUGGCGGGUCAUUUCCCUUAUGGCGGAGGUCCUCCCGAUGCCGGAGGUGAUCCAGACAUCAUGUCCUUACCCUCAAGGAUUCAGCCAUUCGAUCCCGAGAGGUGUCUUCCCGUGUCACACGAGGAUAUGGCUCCGUUGUUACGAGGGAGUGGCCUUGACGUGGGAGGCUGGACGAUCCCUUAUGGUGAGGAUAUGGGCGAGUGGGAGGCCGUCUGGAUCUAUCUAUUGGGAGCUCGCCCACCGGUUGACAGAGCAUUAGGAAGGGACCGGUACACUUGGUUCUCCACACAUUUCAGGGGGACUGAGCCCGAGACUCCCGAGGAGACAGCGCAGUACACUCGAGAGUUUGAAAUGAAUUUUAUAUUUGACAGUUGUGCUGUGAAUGAUUAUAUACAAGCAGUUAGGAGCUUGACAUGCGAGAUGCUAGAUCUAGUGGCUGAAGGUUUAUUUGUUCCAGACAAAUCCGUCUUCAGUAGGCUCAUCAGAGACGUCCAUAGUGAUUCAUGUUUCAGGCUCAAUCACUACCCUCCUAUGGAAAACUCUAGGGAAUGGGAUCCAUCUCCAAAGCUUAAUGCAAACACUCGUAUGGGGUUUGGAGAGCAUUCUGACCCUCAAAUCUUGACCAUCUUGCGAUCAAACGAUGUUGAAGGCCUUCAAAUUUGUUUACAUGAUGGGUUAUGGGUCCCUAUCACUCCUGACCCCACUGAAUUUUGCGUGUUUGUAGGUGAUGUUUUACAGGCUAUGACAAAUGGAAAGUUUGUGAGCGCAAGACACAGAGUAAUAGUAGCAAACUCAGUGAAACCCAGAAUGUCAAUGAUAUAUUUUGGGGCUCCACCCCUUAAUGCAUGGAUCUCUCCUCUUCCAAAGAUGGUAUCACCCCAAAAACCAAGUCUCUACAAACCGUUCACUUGGAGUGAAUUCAAGAAAGCUGCCUACUCUCUACCUUUGGGAGAUUAUCCAAAU